AGUGGGAUUCAUUAACGCAGCUGAAGUUUAUUGACAUGAGUGAAGAUUAUCAGCACUUCAUUCAACCCGCCGAUGAUCACCAAUGGCUGAGACAGCUGCUUUGACUGACUCCAGACGAUGCGGUUUCUUCUUCCUGUAUGAUAGUUCAAAGGUCCAAGAGGAGGGUGACCUGACUAGAGAUGGGAUAUACUACUUCUAUCCUGAGGAUACACCAACAGACCAACAAGAGCUGCUUUGUGGACAGCUGGCCGGUGUGUGUCGUUGUGUGUCUGAACUGUCCUCAUCUCCCGUACGUCUGCUCCGCCUGCGCAAAAGCAAGUAUGCAGUCCGCAUGAAGGAUAACUUUAUUUGGGCAUUAAGCUGUGUGGUAGACAUUCCUGAUGUGAGCGUGUGUGACUUCCUAGAUCAGCUGAUUGCCCUCUUCUGUUUCUACAAUGGACCAGUGCGUCAAAGCUACCAGUUGUACAGUCAGGAGGAGUUGGCUCUACGAUGGGCAAGAUAUCUCUGUCACCUGCAGGGCGGCUCCACUGAGCUGCACAACAUCUUCAGCUGCCUGAGGACGAUUGACUCCACACACAUUGAUCCUCUGCUGUUGCUGAAGGCUGCCCUCAUUCUACAGGCUUGUCAGCGAUGUCCUCUGGUGCUGGCUGGUUGUAUCCUCUACAGGGGCAGGGUGGUGAGUACUCAGAUGCCUCCUGCGCUGACAGUGAAGGUGAUGGUGUACGAGACGCAAACUUACAGCCAGGAUUACCGGGUGACGGCCAAUGGCCUGAGUCCUUCUGUGGGUUCACCGCCCUCGUUCACAGUCACCACUCAGGUGUUCCUGACACCCACUGAACUGCACAUGCUCCGCCGCCCCCCAGUGGAUAGAGCAUGCAGGUCUCACUGCAAUCAACCUCCCUGCCAACCUCUCAAGUCCCGCCUGUUGUCUCGCACUUUAUCCGACACCCCAACCACAGAUACUGACUCAAGCUUAGACCUCACACAAUGUCCCCCAACAUCCUAUCAGACGAUGCCGUCGUCUCCUCGCUCCUCCCUCUCCGAUGAAGCGUGUUUCAGCUCCUCUCCCUCACGGGUUAACACUCCCCUUCACUCCAAUCUCAUGAACCAAUCAGAGUAUUUCACUCCUGAGUCACAUGACCACAACGUAUUUAAUGGAACUAACUUGUGUGCAGUAAAAGAACACAUUUUGACAGGAAGUCUGACAGGCCUAAACACAAAGAAGGAUAUAGAUGCAAACUCUGGGUCAGAAACCAGAAGAGAAGGUUUAAAUUCAGAUCAGGACAUUCAGAGUGAAGAAAUAAAAGCCCUCACUAAUGGGUAUCAGCAGUCAAACUGUCUUGAGAACCACUUGGACGCCUCUGACCAUGACAACCACAGUCAAAGUGAAGAUAAACUGGACACUAACAAUCAUGUGACCAAUAAGAAUGGCAAAUUCCAUGAAGAAACAGAGAAAGAGAGUAGAACAAAGAGCAAGCAAGUCGAAGGAAGACUCAAGGAGAAAUUUGAGCCCACAAACGCACCUCCACCACAUGAACCACUAGUAGACAGCUCUCUAGUGCCCUCAGUAUUAUACCAGCAUAGAGUCAAUGGGCUGGUCCUGGCCCUACUGGUGGAGCCCGAGUUCAACACAGACCCUACGGCCAGAGAUGAAGUGCAUCACAGCAGCUUGGCAUCACUGAAUGGGCUUGAGGCUCACUUGAGGAACACCUUACCAGGGACCCCCGGCCCACCGGGGCCCUACACCUUUGCCCACUAUGACUGCAUUCAAAACACACUCACUACUAAUGUAUGUGGGCGCUCCGCUGGACCCCAGGAUCGUGCCUUUGUGAGGGCCACUGCACUGCUCCAUUCACAGUUCUCACACUUAGACACACUACAGGAGGCCAUUGUCAGGAACGCUGGCGCGGCAGUGUAUGGAACCCGUAACACCGCCCAGGAGACGUAUUUUCUCCAGCAGGGAACACCUGUCAGAAACUCUGGAAGUCCUGAUCCUCAGGAUAGUGCCUUCUCACUACCCAGAAAAGCCCGUCAGCGGCUCCUUAAACAUGGGGUUAACUUGCUUUAAAUUUCUUGGAUUUGAAUUCCUCUUUGAUAUCUUUUGUCAUAGAUAUCCACCAUGUUUAUACUAUAUACAGUAUGUCUCUCUUAUACUGCUGAAUGUAAUGAAUGCUUUUUAUAUAAUAGGCUGCUGUUUGUUCAUUUCAUUAUAAAAAGUAGAGGAUGAAAGUGUAAAAUACAAAAAUAUAGAGGAAGUGUCUCCCUCCGGAGAGACUGGUUCUGCUGUAACCCUUUGCUGUUUAGAGAACUGAUUCCGGUUUUAAAUGUGGGACCAUUCAGUGUUACAGUUAAAGCUAGAUGUGUAUAGUUGUUAAAACUUUCACCUUUUUAAAUGGAAGCCAAUUAUGCUUGAGUGUUAAUAAACGUCCUUUAGUACA